UUUAACCUCUUUCUUGUCUGAAUCCUCAAUGGAGGACUCUCACUCACACUCUCUCUACUCUAACUCCCACUCUCAGCAACAACUCGCUGCUCCACGCGCCGACGCCGACGCUCACGCUCCAGACCGCGUCGAUGACGGCAGCUCUGAUGCCGCCGUCUUCUCCAGGAGCGCCGCCGGACCCAACGGUGGAGCUAAGUACAAGCUCAUGUCUCCGGCCAAGCUCCCGAUCUCUAGGUCUGCCUGUAUUACCAUCCCUCCUGGCCUCAGUCCGACGUCGUUUCUCGAAUCGCCUGUUCUUCUCUCUAACGUCAAAGCAGAGCCCUCUCCAACCACAGGAUCCUUCUCAAAACUUCAAACAAUGCAAGGAUUUGGCAGCACUGGUGGAUUUUCAUUUCCCAGAAGCAACAUUUAUAUUGAAAGUAAAUCCAACAACUUUGAGUUUGAAUUCCCUGUCGGUUCUUACUCUACAUCAGAAUCGUCAUCAAUACGUCCCAAGCAAAAUGAACCUCUGAAGCAAGCUCAAGAUCAAUGCCUUCCUCAGUCAUUAGCACCAUCAUCUUUGCUUGAAUCUUCAAUAAUUCCUACAUCGAAAGAACUGAGGAUAUCUGCACCUGUUGCUGUGCAUACUUCAUCAGUUAGUACUGCUCCAAUUGAGUCUGAUGAACUAAAUCAGAGAGGUCAGUCUAAUCCUGGUAAUCAAACAUUAAAUGGUGAUCAGCCGGCUGCUGGAGCUGAAAGAUCAUCAGAAGAUGGAUAUAACUGGCGAAAGUAUGGGCAGAAACUUGUUAAAGGAAGUGAAUUUCCACGAAGUUAUUACAAAUGUACAUAUCCAAACUGUGAAGUGAAAAAGAUAUUUGAACGCUCUCCUGAUGGACAGAUAACAGAGAUUGUAUACAAGGGUUCACAUGAUCAUCCUAAACCCCAACCCAGUCGUAGAUUUACACCAGGUUCUCUUACAUCAGUUCAAGAAGAUAAAUUUGAAAAGGAAUCAUCUUUCAAUGUGAAAGAAGACAAGCUCAAUUCCAAUGAUUUCAAUGGAUAUCCCGUCUUAUCACCUGGACGAGUAGAUGAUGAUGGCCAUGAAGGUGCAGCCUCACAGCUGCUAGUUACUAAUGACGACACUGAUGAUGAUGAUCCAUUUUCCAAAAGAAGGAAGUUAGAUGGUUGUGUUGAUAUUACACCAGUGGUUAAGCCAAUCCGUGAACCACGCGUUGUUGUUCAAACUGUGAGUGAGGUUGAUAUAUUGGAUGAUGGAUAUCGCUGGCGUAAAUAUGGGCAAAAAGUUGUCCGGGGGAAUCCAAAUCCCAGGAGCUAUUACAAGUGCACAAAUGCAGGGUGUUCAGUCAGAAAACACGUUGAAAGGGCCUCUCAUGAUCCCAAAGCUGUAAUAACGACCUAUGAGGGAAAACACAAUCAUGAUGUACCAACUGCCAGGACUAGUGCCAAUCAUGAAACAGGAGCAACACCUUUAGGUGGAGCAUCAAGGGUCAGGCCAGAAGAGAAUGAUGCAAUCAGCCUUGAUCUAGGCGUCGGAAUUGGCUAUGGUACUGAGCACAGGCCUAAUGGCCAACUUCAUUCAUUCGCCCCAGAAACCCUCCAAGGUCAGGUUCACAUUUCAAAUUCUGGUAUGAUGACAGUUCAACCACCACCAAUGGUGUGCUAUGGAACUAUACAUGGCGGUAUCAACCGAUUCGGAUCUACUAGGCAAAAUAUGGUUCAGGCCCCUGGCUUUGAUACUCUGCCUCUACAACCAGCCAACCAAUGCCCACAGACCCUUGGCCGAGUACUUUUAGGCCCAUAACCAUAAUUCUUGCUCAAAGCAAGCUAAGCUGAAGGUGCAAAAAUUAAUACUGCUGCUAAUAUUAGUUUCAAAUUCUUUGUUGAUGACUGGCAAAGGGCUGUUCUGUAACCUAGUAGGUAUAUAAAUGCUGCACCGUAUGUCCAUAUUUCAUGUGGUCUUGAUGCUGUAAAAUAUCUCACCUGAGUGUUUUUUUCACUUUUCUUUUCCUGUAAUUAUCUCUACUCUCCUGGAUUUUUUUUCUUGUUAUGAACAGAAUAUUCCAAGUGUAACAUGAUAUGAUACAGGAGCAAUAGUGAAAAUCAUCAUCAUCUUGUCUACA